AUGGCGGCCCAAACGAAGAGGCAUCCGAGCCUCAACCACUACGACAUCGUCAUCGUGGGCGCCGGCCCCGUUGGCUUGAUGCUGUCAACCUGCCUGGCGAGAUGGGGAUACAGGAUCAAGCACAUCGACAACAGGCCGGAGCCGACCCCAACUGGUCGGGCCGAUGGUAUCCAGCCCCGGUCGCUUGACUUGCUCCGGAACAUGGGGCUCAAGUCCGCCAUCAUGGCCAACAAGCCCGCCCGCGUCUACGAGGUUGCCUUCUGGGACCCGCCAAAGUCCGGCAAGGGAAUUGUGCGGACCGGCACCUGGGCUAGCUGCCCCAGCUUUAUUGACGCUAGAUACCCUUUUACCACUCUUCUUCACCAGGGCCUGAUUGAGCGCGUCUUCAUCGGCGACCUCGAAAAGAAUGGCGUCAGCAUCCAGCGGCCAUGGACCAUCAAGGGCUUCACCUCGAACGAGAAAGAGGACCCCGAGUACCCCGUCACCGUCGACCUGGAGCACGUUGAUGGCACCUUCAAGGAAACCGUCAAGGCGAAGUAUCUGUUCGGUGGCGAAGGUUCUCGGUCCUUCAUUCGUGACCAGCUGAAGAUCGGCAUCAAGCACAAAGACCCCAUCGCCUAUGUAUGGGGUGUCAUGGACGGCGUUGUCAAGACCGAUUUCCCUGAUAUCAAGAUGAAAUGCACGAUUCACUCGGAGCACGGUUCCAUUAUGGUCAUUCCCCGCGAGAACAACAUGGUUCGCCUCUACAUCCAGAUCGCAUCCUCCACCGACCCGGACUUCAACCCCCGGAAGACGGCAACCGCCGAGGAAGUCCAGGCUUCCGCUAAGCGCAUCUUGCAGCCCUAUUCCAUCGAGUGGGAGAGGGUGGAGUGGUACUCGGUCUACCCCAUCGGCCAGGGCAUUUCCGACAAGUACACUCUAGACCACCGGGUGUUCCUGGGUGGCGAUGCCUGCCACACCCACAGCCCCAAAGCCGGUCAGGGCAUGAACACGGCGUUUCUGGAUGCGCUGAACCUGGCAUGGAAGAUCCACGCCGUGGAGGCCGGCUUUGCUAACCGCAGCUUACUCGAGACCUACGAGCCCGAGCGCAAGACGGUCGCCGAGAACCUGCUUGCCUUUGACAACAAGUACGCCAAGCUCUUCUCAGAGCGCCCGCCCGCCGCCAACGAGGUCGCCGCCGCCUCCGCCCAUACCAACAACAACGACAAGAACAAGGCCGGCGGCCAGGAAGAGAACGAGUUCAUCAAGACCUUCAAGGAAUCCUGCGAGUUCACCAGCGGCUACGGCGUCUUCUACCAGCCCAACGCCAUCAACUGGUCGCCCUCCCACCCGGCCCAGUCCCACGUCGUCCACCCCAAGAGCACCAAGCUCGUCCCGGGCCGCCUCUUCAUCAUCGCCGACGUCACCCGCGUCGUCGACGCCAACGUCGUCCACCUCGAGCAGGAGGUCCCCCUCAACGGCUCCUUCCGCCUCUUCGUCUUCGCCGGCGCGCCCGCCGUCACCGCCCGCGCCCUGCGCGAUCUGGCCGACAACAUGGCCAAGCGGAACUCGUUCUACUCGGCCUACGCCUUCCCGGACGCGGUCCGCGAGCAAAUCAGCCACCACGAGCGCCACAAUCCGCACUCGCCCUUCUUCACGGUCUGCACCGUCUUCGCCGCCCCGCGCGCCUCGAUCGAGAUCACUCGCGACGUGCCCCCGCUGCUGGCGCGCUACCGCGACCACAUCUACGCCGACGACCGCUGGGACCGCCGCGUCCCCGACGCCCGCGCCUGCGCCCACGCCAAGAUGGGCCUCGACGAGGACCGCGGCGGCGUCGUCGUCGUCCGCCCCGACGGCUACGUCGGCAUCGUCGUCGCCCUCGAGGAGGGCAGCGCCACCGUCGACGCGCUCAAUAGCUAUUUUAGCGCCUUCUGCACUAAGAAGCUAGGCGAGACGCAGGCGCAGCUUUGA